AUGGCCGGGAAGAGGUCAUCAAGCAAGCGGCCCCUGCUGCUGGGGCUGCUCCUGGCCGUGGCCACUGUCCACCUGGUCACCUGUCCCUACACCAAAGUAGAGGAGAGCUUCAGCCUGCAGGCCACACACGACCUGCUCUACCACCAGCUGGACGUGGACAAGUACGACCACCUCGAGUUCCCUGGCGUCGUCCCCAGGACCUUCCUCGGGCCACUGCUGAUGGCAGCGUUCUCCAGCCCUGCAGUUUACGUGCUUUCCCUGUUAGAAAUGUCCAAGUUUUACUCUCAGCUGAUAGUUAGAGGAGUUCUUGGGCUUGCUGUGAUUUUUGGACUCUGGACGUUACAAAAAGAAGUGAGACGACAGUUUGGGGCCACGGUGGCCACCAUGUUCUGCUGGGUGACAGCCACGCAGUUCCACCUGAUGUUCUACUGCACCCGGACGCUGCCCAACGUGCUGGCGCUGCCCGUGGUGCUGCUGGCCCUCGCGGCCUGGCUGCGGCACGGCUGGGCCCGCUUCAUCUGGCUCUCGGCGCUCGCCAUCGUCGUGUUCAGGGCCGAGCUGUGCCUGCUCCUGGGCCUCAUGCUGCUGCCCGCGCUGCACAGCAGGAGGCUCCCUGUGCUCAGGCUGCUGCGUCACGCCGUCCCCGCCGGGGUCCUCAGCCUAGGGCUGACGGUGGCUGUAGACUCCUAUUUUUGGCGACAGCUCGUGUGGCCGGAAGGAAAGGUGCUCUGGUACAACACCGUCCUGAAUAAAAGUUCCAACUGGGGAACCUCCCCGCUGCUGUGGUAUUUCUACUCAGCCCUGCCCCGAGGCCUGGGCUGCAGCCUUCUCUUCGUGCCCCUGGGCCUGGCGGACAGAAGGACGCACGCGCUGGCUCUGCCGUCCCUGGGCUUCGUGGCUCUGUACUCGCUGCUCCCGCACAAGGAGCUGCGCUUCAUCAUCUACGCCUUCCCCAUGCUCAACGUCGUGGCCGCCAGGGGCUGCUCCCGCCUGCUGAAUAAUUACAGAAAGUCCUGGCUGUAUAAGGCGGGGUCCCUGCUGGUGAUAGGGCACCUCGUGGCGAACGCCGCCUACGUGGCCGCGUCCCUCUACGUGUCCCACUUCAACUACCCCGGAGGCGUCGCGAUGCGGACGCUGCACGAGCUGGUGCCCCCCUGGACAGGGGUCCUCCUACACAUCGACGUGGCCGCUGCCCAGACGGGCGUGUCUCGGUUUCUGCAGGUCAACAGCGCCUGGAGGUACGACAAGAGGGAGGACGUGUGGCCGGGGGCCGCGGCCAUGCUGGGCUACACCCACCUCCUCAUGGAGGCCGUGCCCGGCCACCUGGCCCUCUACAGGGACACGCACCGGGUCCUGGCCAGCGUCGUGGGCACCACAGGUGUGAGUCUGAACCUGACCAAACUGCCUCCCUUUGACCUCGGCCUGCAGACCAAGCUGGUGCUCCUGGAGAGGCUUCCCGGGCCGUCCUGAGGGCGAGAGCCGGCCCGGCCUCCAGCAGCCGGGUCCCUCCGGGAACGCGAUCUCCACCCGCGUUCCCACAAUCGGGACAAAACAGAGAAACAAGCCAACAGCAGCACGCCCCGACACACGCCUGACCAAGCAGGGCCGGGGCCUCCGGCACAGCCUUGCCCAGGGCUCACAGCCCAGGGGGACAGUGGCUGCUCACACUCUCCUGCGUGUUCCCCGGGUGGGGACAAGACCAUUUGUCGUCCAGACUGGGACCAUCCGGACACCUGGACGCGUGGCGCCCCUUGCCACGUCCUGCCCGCCCACACGGAGCUGCGUUUUGGCAGCACCGCACGCCGGGUGCCCGUGGUGGCGCCUGCUCGGAGGAGACCUCGACGUGACCCGCCGCGGCGCCGCCCUCCCGGCCUCACCACCCGACUUCCGUACGCAUUCACCGGCGUGUCACCUCCACUUCAGUCUUAGGAGAUGAACAUGUUCAGAAAGGAAUGAGGAAUAAAAAAGAAUAAGGUAAUAAAAUGUCAAUUGGAACCUCAAAAAAAAAAGAAUGAGAAUAAAAUUAGUGUUUUCUUACGCAUUAUCUUAUGGUAUAUGACUACCUCCAGAGACGGCCUUUACCAGGUUAGGGGGCGGGCUGGUGCAGCCACACUUCACAGGACACGCAUUUAUAAAGCGCCCAAAGCGCGUGUGACACUGCCAGGCACUAGAGACGGCACAGAGGACUGGGCGCCACUGUGUCCGAGUACACUCACGCGUGCACUUGUACAUACAUGUGCGUAUACACGUAUGCACACAAGCACACACAUGCACAUCCCCACACGCACACGCACAGCCUUGCCGCGUGCAGUGGCGUGUGCCUGCACUCCCUGUCCCCACUGCUCAGGAGGCUGACGCGGGAGAAUCGCUUGAGUCGGGACCUCGGGGCUGCAGCGAGCCGUGAUCGCGUCUGUGAUGUCGCGCUGCACUCCAGCCUGGCGACAGAGCCAUCGCGUCUCUUACCAAAAAAAAUUUUUUUCCUGAGCUCUUUGAGAGUAGGUUGCUUAUGAGACCUUAAGUGCUGCCGGGUCGCUGCCCCAGCUGCUGCCGGCUUUCCAUCUGCAGCUGGUCAGCGUCUGUGCCGACACUUCGACCGGGAGACCCUCCGCCUCCUGCAGAGCUCGGCGCCGCUGGUCCUUUUGGGCUCCUUCCAUUCCACGUCUAUAUGUUUGGUCUUCUACAGCGAGAACUCCAGCUCCCAGCAGUAUCAGUAUACGCACACAUUUGCUCAAUGACAGGAUACACGUUAAAUAGUCUCAGAAAUGCUUUGCUAUGUGAUUGCAAAAAGAAAUCCACUAUAAAGAGGUUGGGAUUUGUUUGCGGUUCUCCGCCCCACCUCCGCAACUGGAGGUGCACUGAUGAGUUCCUCGAUUGGUUUUUCUCCUGUGCCCACCUCCAUCCAGUGUGGUGAUUUUUCAUUUUAAAUGCAGCCGAGUUCCUUCUUCCUGUUUGCUUUCAGUCUUAUGACAACCGUCCCCCCCACCCCCGCCGCCAUCACUUUCUAUCCCUUUAAAUUUGUAGACUGUGACCAUUGUGGUAGGGUUACGAUUGUCAAAACUCACGAAACUGUACACUAGAGACAGGUUGCUUUAUCACAUAUUUUAUAUCUCAAUAAACUAGAUUUUUUUUU